GAACAUGUGGCCCGCGAGCUUUUACAAGUAUGAGACAUUGGUACACAGUACACUUGUGGUUGGAAUUUGUGAACCUAGGUGGUUUUGAUUUUGUCAAACUUACUAUCUACGAUCUACCUGGCUUGAGACUAGCAUCUAAAGUCUGUUUUAAUCUCAAAUGACGUGGUUCUAUAGAUGCUUAUCUCGGCUCCCAACUUCUCCGAGUCUUGAGAGCUUUCAUGAUACUAUAGUGGAACUUUUGAAAAUGCGAAAUGUAUCCAUAACUGCAUCAACUGAUUAAAUUCCGGAUUGUGACUCAUGUAUGAACACGCUUGUAUCUGUAUCUGCUUGACAGAGACGUUGCCUAUAUAUCUCUCGAGUUGCCCCAACCUAAAAUCUCUUGACUUAAUGAUAUUUCUUCUCUUUGGUUUCCUUUUGACCCCGGCAACCGAGGAAACGAGGCGAAUCUCUCCUCCUCGCGGUCCUCGUUGAAGGUUGAGAACAGUGAUCGUUGCUCAGCGAUGUAGGAUUCUAUUUAGUGGAACGCGCCGGGGACACGGGUUGAGCGAAACUAGAUAGGAAAUUUCGGGUUUGGGUAAUUUUGUUCGAGCCGGUCUUGUAAUCAAAACUAUUAUUCCCGUUUUCGGGUCGUUAAUUUAAAAAAAAAAAAAGGUUUUAGUUUAGCUGCUUGAUGUGUUCUUCCGCGAAUUCUCACAUUACAAAUCGCAGUUUUGUACAGGUGAAGAUGGAUCAAGUGCCGACUUAAAAAAGACUUCGCAUCACCUACUAUUCGUUUUAGAAUUCAUUUCGUCGUGGUCAUGAUUUCUUAAAGGUCCUUUCUUAAGAAAAUCGCUCCCAAAACCGAAAUCUUCUUUAAUUGUGUCUAAAUCAUUUACGCAAAUACUAUAUUGUCUUUUAAAUCAACUUUGAAGAAGAAAAAAAGAAUUAAUAAACCAACUCUAUCAUCCAAUUUGUCGAAUUUUUUUGGUAUUGAUUCGUUACGUUUAUCUUGGUUUGCACUAUUCGUUCUAGACACAUCCACAUAUCUCUUGGACCGACCCAUAUUAAUGAACCAACUCACUCUAAAAAUAAAUAAAUAAAAAUAUAACACUAUGAAUAUACGUUAAUAUCAAAAACCAAAACCAUUUGAAAACAUACACAAAACACCAAGUAAAAUAAAAGUAUGAGAAUACUCUUUCUCUUCUACUUCUUCUUCUUCUUCCACUCAUCAUCCUCCUCAAGAACUUCAUCAGAAUCUCGCAUCUUCAUCUACGGUGGAUGUUCACCGGAAAAAUACACACCAAACACUCCUUUUGAAUCAAACCGCGACACUUUCCUCUCCUCCGUCGUUACUUCAUCCUCCGAAGCCUCCUUCAAUAGCUUCGCCGUCGGUAACGACUCUUCUUCCUCUUCCUCCGCAGCCAUCUUCGGCCUUUAUCAAUGCCGUGACGAUCUCCCAUCCUCUGACUGCUCAAAAUGUAUCCAAAACUCCGUCGACCAAAUCACUCUCCUUUGUUCCUACUCUUACGGUGCUUCUCUUCAGCUCCAAGGCUGCUUCUUGCGUUACGAGACCUAUGAUUUUCUUGGGAAACAAGACACGAGUCUUAGGUACAAGAAGUGUAGUUCCAAGAGGGUAGAGAAUGAUUAUGAUUUCUUUAAACGAAGAGACGAUGUGUUGUCGGAUCUUGAGUCGACUCAACUAGGUUACAAAGUUAGCCGGUCCGGUUUAGUUGAAGGUUAUGCUCAGUGUGUUGGUGACUUGAGUCCUAGUGACUGUACGGCUUGUCUUGCGGAAGCUGUUGGGAAGUUAAAGAAUCUUUGUGGCUCGGCUGUUGCAGCUGAGGUUUACUUGGCUCAGUGCUAUGCUCAUUAUUGGGGUUCUGGUUACUACGACUUCUCUCCAGAUCCAACGAACGGAGAUCACGUGGGGAAAUCAAUUGCGAUCAUCGUAGGAGUCAUUGCUGGAUUCGCAGUCCUUGUUAUUCUCCUCUCCCUCUGCAGAAACUCCAUGCGUAAGUAUAUACUUACUUGCCUAAUAUUUACAUGAUUCACUCACUAUAUUAAGAUUUGAAUUUAACUGAGUCGCUAAGAAUUGUCAUAGUCUUAUAUGUUAUGAUGCUGAUUUGCAGAUUGAUACAAAGAAGACAUGAUUCGAGAUGAAAGAUUCUAGAGGGACCUGUUUUUUUUUUUUUUUUGAAUUUAUGGUGUAGGAACAUAUCCGUUACCUUAAUGAUUAUUUUUGGUUUAUCAAAGAAAAAAAAUUAUACUUGAACUGACCUAUAAAAUAGUGAAACGUAUUCUGCCUUGAAAGAUGAUGACUUUAUUCCAUAAAAUAGUUAUAGGCCAAUACCCACUUUUCUUAGCAGGCGCAACUAUUCCAUACACAUUACUUAAUUCGUAAAAUAUAUGAUAGAGAUUGAAUACCUUUAGACUUUAAAGGUCCUGCCGGGAAAAUGACUAUAAGGUUUAUCCAACCUGUGUACAUGUGGUUCGUGUUAAUACUUGAUACCAUCCGGGUCUACCGGUUCUUAUGGUCACACCACAUUUCCAUUGUACCAUUAACUUAUGGAUGGCCGGAUGAGAUCUGGCCCACUAGGCUCCAAGCAGUGCAGCAUGAAGACUUACAUUAUUGUAUAACCUUCUUCAUGCAACUAAAAAAGCUAGAGGGAAUGCUAUAUAAAUUUAUGAUUUCAUGUGGCUCAACAAUUUUUUUUUUUAUUUUUAUGAUUUCAUAUAAUUCUAAUUAACUCGAUACCUACUAAUAUUUUUUUUUCUAAAAAUAAUAUAUACGUUUAUGGAAAAGGCUUUCAUUAGUUAUACAAAGUACAACUUCUACAAAACAAUAUUCAUAUCUUAUGGAUUGAAUACACUGAAGACAGAAAAUUAGUACUUUAAAAGAUCCCAAUGUGGUGGGCCGGAAUAAGCUAUCAUAUAUACUGUCAUAAUGAGAUGAUGAUUUUCUCAAAAGUGUUAUAUAUAUAUAUAUAUAUAUAUAUAUAUUUUUUUUUUCUUAUAUAUUGAAAGAUUUAAUCUAGUGAUAUCUCUCA